UAACGAUCUUUUUCUACGUGAUCAGAUUUCGGGAGUUAGAGCGAGAUCCCGACAACCUAUGAUUAUGAUAAAGGGUAACUCAAAUUAUCUUGUUAUGAGUUCUUGCUCCCACGUGGAGGUGCUUUUUCAACAAACUUGUGACCACAAAAGCAAAACCUUAGUUUUAAAUGUUCUCACAAGAUUCCCAUAUUUCCAACUACUACUAUUUAUUCCUCCAACAAACUAGUUGUGAUAUCUUCUCUAAUAUCAAAUUUUACAAAUCUUUUCUUCAAAAGUUUAUCUCAGAUGCUGAAUCUAGUCUCUUGAAAAAGAAGUAGCAGAAGAAGAAGUGUAGCUAGAACGUGGUUUUCGAUACCGAACCAUGGAUCAUUCGAAACGUCAUAGAAAGUUAAACUUAAACGCGCCAAUUAUGUCUACAAGGCGUUUUGGUUCCGUUGUCGCAGACAGGUCAAGUUCAUUAGGUACAUUUCAGAACACGAGUGAAAGAGUUCCGUUUUCGUGGGAGAAAGAACCGGGAAAACCGAAAGAUACGGAGAGGAAUGGCUUGAAAUUCGCACGAAAAGAAGCGGCAGAUCAGUCUGAUAUACUCGAUAAUGCUUGUGAUGAGAUGGAUGACAAAGACGAUCUUUUCUCGGAUGCAAUGGAUGAUGUGUUUUCUUUAUCAGAAGCAUUGGAUAUUGUUCAAAGAAAAUCAGAGAAAGCUCACAGCGAUAACAACAACGGAUUGAAACUAAAGCUUGCAGAGUGUAACGGCUACCAAUCUCCGACUUACCUGAUCAACCGUUUUCUUCCCGACGCAACCGCUUUGGCUGCAUCAUCGUCCGCUCUACAAUUUCAUAGCGAUUUUGCAGAGAAAGUUUGUGAUUCUUGUAGCUAUCCAGAAUGCUAUUUAUCAGAAUCAGGUAGACAUUCACAUUCAUAUGCUUAUGCUUCUGGUUCUUCUUCUUCAUCUCCAAAGGGGUGUGGUCUUGAAGUUCUCUUCCCUUGGAGAAAUAUGAAGCACAAGUUUUGUGCUGUAGAGAGCCCUGUCCUGCCAUGCUCCACGACUACGAAUGUGCCGAAAACUCAGCGCGACUCGAGACAGAAGAAACAUCGGUCGUCAGCAUACAUUCCUUGCACAAAUGUGAAGAAAGAUGUCUAACGAAUCGAGUCAAGUUGAUCAAAUUUUCUUUUCUUUUCUUGUAACGCUAUUUUUUUUGUUCACAAGACUCGAACGCAAAACCUUACUCAGGAGAAUUAAACUCGUUACCGUUUGAAACAGU